AUGGCACAUUUUCAAACAUUUUUCAUGUGCUUAGGUGCAUCCAAGCAGAAGUCCAGUUCUCUGCAGGUAGCAGACCAGGACCUACUGCCACCUUUUCACCCAUACCAGCCUUUGGAGUGCAUAGUAGAAGAGACUGAGGGCAAGCUGAAUGAGCUGGGACAAAGAAUUAGUGCUAUUGAGAAAGCACAGCUUAAGUCUUUGGAGUUAAUUCAAGGUGAGCCUCUGAACAAGGAUAAGAUCGAAGAACUUAAAAAGAACAGAGAAGAACAAGUCCAGAAGAAGAAGAAAAUACUAAAAGAACUGCAGAAAGUGGAAAGGCAGUUACAGAUGAAAACACAGCAGCAAUUUACCAAAGAAUACUUGGAAACCAAAGGUCAGAGAGAUGUAGAGUCUCCACACCAGCAGUGCUCUCAUAGAGGAAUCUUCGUGGCAGGGGAAGAAGAUGGCUGUUUCCCAGAGGAUCACUCUUCAGAAUCACCCCAGGUUGAUACAGUCUUACUUAAAGAUCAUGGUAUUGAUGAUAAGCAACAGUCUCCAGCAUCAGCAGAACAAAUUGACUCUGUCCCAGUCCAGCCUCUAUCAUCUCCACAAUGUAACUUUUCCAGUGACUUAGGUUCUAAUGGAACAAAUUCUCUUGUGCUUCAUAAAGUAUCAGGUAACCAGCAGAUUAUAGGACAGCCUCAGAUUGCGAUUGCUGGACAUGAGCAGGGGCUGUUAGUUCAAGAGCCAGAUGGACUCAUGGUUGCAACUCCAGCCCAGACGCUUACCGACACUCUUGAUGACCUGAUAGCAGCUGUGAGUACCAGAGUGCCUGUUGGCUCAAACAACCCCUCUCAGACCACAGAAUGUCCUACACCUGAAUCCUGUUCUCAAACUCCAAGCAAUGUGGUUGCCCCAUCCAUGCCCCCUGUGUAUCCUUCAGUUGACAUCGAUGCACAUACUGAAAGCAAUCAUGACACAGCUUUAACCCUAGCCUGUGCAGGUGGUCAUGAGGAACUUGUGUCUGUUCUGAUUGCACGAGAUGCUAAAAUUGAGCACAGAGACAAAAAAGGUUUUACCCCACUGAUCCUGGCGGCAACAGCGGGGCAUGUUGGAGUUGUUGAAAUUCUUUUGGAUAAAGGUGGAGAUAUAGAGGCACAAUCUGAGCGAACUAAGGAUACUCCACUUUCUUUGGCGUGUUCUGGUGGACGUCAGGAGGUGGUAGAUUUGCUGCUUGCCCGAGGAGCCAAUAAAGAACAUAGGAAUGUGUCUGAUUAUACACCACUGAGUCUGGCUGCAUCUGGAGGAUAUGUGAAUAUUAUUAAGAUUUUGCUUAAUGCUGGGGCAGAAAUUAAUUCAAGGACUGGGAGUAAACUAGGUAUUUCUCCAUUGAUGUUGGCUGCAAUGAAUGGACAUGUUCCCGCAGUGAAAUUGCUGCUUGAUAUGGGUUCAGACAUUAAUGCACAAAUAGAGACCAACCGGAACACAGCUCUCACCCUGGCCUGUUUCCAGGGUCGAGCAGAAGUAGUGAGUUUGCUCUUGGACCGCAAAGCCAAUGUUGAACAUAGGGCAAAGACUGGUCUUACCCCCUUGAUGGAGGCGGCUUCUGGAGGAUAUGCCGAGGUUGGAAGAGUUCUCCUUGAUAAAGGAGCAGAUGUGAAUGCUCCUCCUGUGCCUUCCUCAAGAGACACAGCCUUGACAAUAGCCGCAGACAAAGGCCACUACAAAUUCUGUGAGCUCCUCAUUAACAGGGGAGCUCAUAUUGAUGUUCGUAACAAGAAGGGAAACACACCACUUUGGCUGGCAUCCAAUGGUGGUCAUUUUGAUGUAGUACAGUUACUAGUGCAAGCAGGUGCUGAUGUGGAUGCAGCAGACAACCGAAAAAUCACACCUCUUAUGUCAGCAUUUCGCAAGGGUCAUGUAAAAGUUGUUCAGUAUUUGGUGAAGGAAGUCAAUCAGUUUCCAUCUGAUAUAGAAUGCAUGAGAUACAUAGCAACAAUUACAGAUAAGGAACUGCUGAAGAAGUGUCACCAAUGUGUUGAAACGAUUGUGAAGGCUAAAGACCAGCAGGCUGCAGAGGCAAAUAAAAAUGCAAGCAUUCUCCUAAAAGAGCUGGAUCUGGAAAAGUCAAGAGAAGAGAGCAGAAAGCAAGCUCUUGCAGCUAAAAGAGAGAAAAGAAAAGAAAAGAGAAAAAAGAAAAAAGAAGAGCAGAAAAGGAAACAGGAAGAUGAGGAGAACAAACCUAAAGAGAAUUCAGAACAACCAGAGGGUGAAGAUGAAGAGGAGAAUGAUGAAGAUG